CAUCAUUUCAUACACUCACACACGCUAAUAUAUCAUAACAUUGAUCAUAUACCAUUGCGUACACACACAUACUGGAGAAAAAAGAGAGAUGAAAGAUAGGAUUGAGCGAUUUGUGGUGUUGCCGUUUUCGUUGGGUUGCUCGACGCAGUCCAGCGUCGCCGUGGCUUCUACUCAUCAAUACAACAAACCAAACCAACACAUCAAGAGAAGAGAAGAAAGUGGCUUGUUUCUAAAAGAAGAGACAAAGAUAGAGAACAAUAAUGCUAAUAUCUCAGAUGGUAUCUACAAACUUGUGCGAAGCUUCAAGAGUUUUUCUCACUUUUUCAUUCGUUACGAAGAGGAGAGGGAGGUGGAGAUGGAGAUAGGGCUUCCUACGGAUGUGAAGCACUUGAGCCACAUCGGAGUUGAUGGAACCAUGACCACUUUUGACUUCUGUUCCACUUCCACCACCACCUCCUCAUCUUUUCCAUUCUCUCGUUUCCAUCUCACUGCCGUCUGAUUUUAAAUUUGCAUUCUUAAUGCUUUAUCAACUUUUACAAUAUGCACACUAGCUACAAGUAAUUCAUCGUUUUUUUUUGUUUCCUUGUUAUUUGACUGUAUAUAUGGAUUGUGAAUGAUAAUAGAGAAAACUUUCUGCUAAAAAAUAAACUCAAUU